AUGACGGGCAAAGCGGGCGCGGCGCUGGCCCCCAGCCUGCCCGGCAAGCCCAAGCCCGACGGCGCGGCCGCCGCCCCCGCCGCCCCGCCGCUGCCUCCGCCGCCCCCCGCGGCUGGGGUCAAGUCCAACUCCGGGCCCACCCCUCCCCGCUGCACCGGCUUCGGCAUCCAGGAGAUCCUGGGCUUGAACAAGGAGCCGCCGUCGCACCCUCGGGCCGCCCUGGACUCUCUGCCCGCCGGGCACCUGCUGGCGGCCCGCUCCGUGCUCAGUCCCGCCGGGGUGGGCGGCGUGGGCAUGGGGCUGCUGGGCGCCAGUGGCAUCCCCGGCUUUUACACCCAGCCCACCUUCCUAGAGGUGCUCUCCGACCCCCAGAGCGUCCACCUGCAGCCGCUGGCCCGGGCCCCCGGGCAGCUGGACAGCAGCCAGACGGCCAGCUCAGAUUCCGAGGAUGUCUCCUCCAGCGACCGAAAAAUGUCCAAAUCCUCCCUAAAUCAGAGCAAGAAACGAAAGAAGAGGCGGCACAGGACAAUCUUCACAUCCUAUCAACUGGAGGAGCUGGAAAAGGCCUUCAAUGAGGCCCACUAUCCUGACGUGUAUGCUAGAGAGAUGCUGGCCAUGAAAACAGAGUUGCCAGAAGACAGGAUACAGGUUUGGUUCCAGAACCGCCGGGCCAAAUGGCGGAAGAGGGAGAAGUGCUGGGGCAGGAGCAGUGUGAUGGCUGAGUACGGGCUCUACGGUGCCAUGGUGCGUCACUCCAUCCCGCUGCCUGAGUCCAUCCUCAAGUCUGCCAAGGAUGGCAUCAUGGAGUCCUGUGCCCCUUGGCUCCUGGGGAUGCACAAAAAGUCUCUGGAGGCAGCGGCUGAGGCGGGGAGGAAGACAGAGGUGGAGCGCCAGGCCCUGCCCAAGCUUGACAAAGGUGACAAGGAAGAAAGGGGUCCUGAUCCCAAAACCACCAUUUCCCAGGAGGAACUGAGAGAAAACAGCAUUGCUGCCCUCAGGGCCAAAGCUCAGGAGCACAGCACCAAAGUCCUGGGGACCAUUGCCGGGGACAGCCCAGCCCCAGGCAGGAAGCUGGAGACAGGGGAGGAGGCGGCCAUGGCAGAGGAUGAGAGACAGACGGAGAAGCUGAACUCAUCGCAGAAGGAGGAGAAGCUGAUCUAG